AAAAUUCACGAAUCUUCAAAAAAAUAUUACUUGCGAAAUAAAUGAUGGAGAUUAUCUCCGGAGAAGCUCUGUUUCUCCUCUUUUGUUUUAUCUUAUCAUGUUUCCUUAUCUUCACAACAGCAAGAUCCCGGAGCUCUCGCAAGGUCGCUCCACCGCCUCCAGGACCUCCUCGGCUGCCCAUGAUCGGAAACAUUCACCUUGUCGGUAAAAACCCGCACCAUUCAUUCGCCGACCUCUCAAAAACAUAUGGACCAAUCAUGAGCCUUAAAUUUGGAAGUUUAAACACGGUGGUCGUGACUUCACCAGAAGCUGCAAGAGAGGUUCUAAGAACACACGACCAAAUCUUCUCUAUCCGUUGCCCCCCUAACUCGAUACUGUCCAUUAAUCACCAUGAGGUUUCCGUUGUCUGGCUUCCACCUUCGUCGUCUCGUUGGAGACUAUUGAGGAAACUAUCGGCAACUCAGCUCUUCUCCCCUCAGCGUAUCGAAGGCACGAAAACAUUGAGGGUGAACAAGGUGAAGGAGCUUGUUAGCUACAUAAGUGAAAGCAGCGAGAGAGAAAAAGCUGUUGAUAUUUCUCGUGCAACCUUCAUCACAGCUCUCAAUAUCAUGUCGAACAUUCUGUUUUCUGUCGAUCUCUGUAGCUACAACUCGAACGAAUCCAAUGGGUUUCAGGACACUGUGAUUGGUGUAAUGGAAUCGGUCGGGAAUCCAGACGCUUCUAACUACUUUCCAUUUCUGGGGUUUCUUGAUCUGCAAGGUAAUAAGAAGACUAUGAAGGCAUGCACGGAGAGGUUGUUUAAAGUUUUCCGCGGGAUCAUCAACGCGAAAACAGAGGAAAAAUCAUUGCAAAAGAACCCUAAAGAUGUCACUGACAGAGAUUUCUUGGAUACGCUUCUCGAUCUUACAGAAGGAGAUGAAGCAGAGCUCAACACUAACGAUAUUGAACACUUUCUCUUGGACCUGUUUGGAGCGGGCACAGACACAAACUCUAGUACUGUGGAAUGGGCAAUGGCAGAGUUACUUAGAAACCCUGAAACAAUGGCAAAAGCUCAGUCUGAGAUCGAGAGUGUAAUUGGUGAAAAAGGUGUUGUUGAAGAAUCUGAUAUCUCGGAACUGCCCUAUUUACAAGCGGUUGUGAAGGAAACUUUCCGGUUACAUCCGGCUGUUCCACUUCUCGUCCCACGAAAAGCGGAAUCCGAUGUGGAGGUUCUUGGAUUCCUCGUAGCUAAAGACACUCAGGUUUUGGUGAACGUUUGGGCCAUUGGACGAGACCCGAGCGUGUGGGAGAAUCCGACCCGGUUUGAGCCAGAGAGGUUUUUGGGGAAAGAAACGGACGUGAGGGGUAAAGAUUAUGAGCUCACACCAUUCGGAGCCGGAAGGAGAAUUUGCCCGGGAUUGCCUUUGGCUGUGAGAACAGUGCCUCUUAUGCUUGCUUCUCUUCUCUAUUCCUUUGACUGGAAGCUUCCAGACGGCGUCGCUUCUGAGGGUUUGGACAUGGACGAGAGCUUUGGUCUCACAUUGCAUAAAACCAAUCCGUUACAUGCCAUUCCCGUCAAGAAACGCCCCAUCAAUUAGACAUUUUGACUCUAUGAUUUUAUUUUGGAAGUACGAAUAAAGUUUCACAGACCAAAUAAUUAUUUACCUGAUUUAAAUUAUUUCCCUGUUAA